UGAAGAAGCUGCAAGAGAUCGAUGCCUUUCUUCAACCUCUCGAUACGCUAAUCCCGCUCUUUCUCUGUUUCCACUCUGCGAUUCCUCUUCUGGCCAUCUCGACAAGUUCCACCAGCUCCACUCCGGAUCGCUUAGCACGCGAGGUCGAGGAGGGUCCAGACUUCUCUAACCGUGCCCUAACUUUGAAGUCUAGGCGGAGGUCUUUGGAGGUGUCAUCGCGGAGAUGGACAUGGAGCUGGAGCCGCGAACGAAAGCGUUGGCGUACAAGAUUAAGGCGACGUCCCGCGAAUCCCCAGCCCAGAAGGCGGCCAACGUCUUUGACCCGGACCUCCGCACUCACUGGUCCACCGGCACCAACACGAAGGAGUGGAUCCUACUCGAGCUUGACGAACCUUGCCUACUGUCACAUAUAAGAAUCUAUAAUAAAUCUGUUCUUGAAUGGGAAAUUAGUGUUGGAUUGCGUUUUAAGCCUGAGGCAUUUCUAAAAGUUCGUCCACGUUGUGAAGCUCCAAGAAGAGAGAUGGUUUAUCCUAUGAAUUAUACACCAUGCCGUUAUGUAAGGAUAUCUUGCUUGCGUGGAAACCCAAUAGCUAUAUUUUUUAUUCAGCUUAUGGGGGUUACUGUUACUGGAUUGGAACCUGAGCUUCAACCUAUUGCUAAUUACUUGAUACCACAUAUUAUAUCACACAAGCAAGAUGCUCAUGAUAUGCAUCUUCAGCUGCUUCAAGAUGUGGCAAAGAACCUGCUGGUUUUUCUUCCGGAGCUGGAGACAGAUCUUACCAAUUUUCCCGAUGCUGCUGAGACUAACAUUCGUUUUUUUGCAAUGCUUGCUGGUCCAUUCUAUCCAAUUCUGCGUCUUUCUAAUGAAAGGAAAGCUUCAAGUGCGUUGCCUUUUUCUUCUGAUUUAGAUGCAUCCAAGAGCAACCCAUCCUCUACUUUAACUGUUUCGUCCAACUUUGAGGCACAACCAAGAAGAUCACGCAGUCCACCCUUCCCUGAACUUGCUUGCAGUUCUAUAGCAUUUCGAUCUGAUGCUGUCAUCAUUCUGUUAAGGAAGGCAUAUAAAGAGUCUCAUUUGGGAAUUGUUUGUCGGAGAGCUUCAAUAGCACUGCACAGACUUGUAGAAGCAAAUAAUUUACUAGGGGAGUCAGCAUGUACUGAUGACUUGGGUCUGUCUUCUAUAUCUGAUGAAAUUGUUAAAACUGAAGUAACCAGUCAUAUGCAACCUGCUGAUUACUCGAGCUUGUUUGGGGAAGAAUUCAAAUUACCUGAAGAUUAUUGGGAUGCUUCUUAUUUGAAUGUCUUGGAUAUAUCUGCAGUGGAAGAAGGCAUUCUCCAUGUCUUAUUUGGAUGUGCUUCACAACCUCUCCUGUGCUGCAAAUUGGCUGACAGUAAUUCAAAUUUUUGGUCCCUAUUACCACUUAUACAAGCACUGCUUCCAGCACUUCGUCCUCCGAUUAGCCUCCCAGAUCAAGUUGAUGAUAGUUUUUCACAGUGGAAUCAUCCUUCUGUCCAGCAUGCUCUCUCUCAGAUAAUAACAAUGUCAUCAUCAUCAGUAUAUCAUCCUCUUCUUCAUGCUUGUGCGGGCUAUCUGUCUUCAUUCUUAUCAUCUCAUGCAAAGGCAGCAUGUGUAUUGAUUGAUUUAUGCUCUGGACCAUUAUCACCAUGGAUAUCUACAAUUACUGCAAAGGUUGAUCUUGCAAUUGAACUUCUAGAGGACCUCUUGGGUGUUAUUCAAGGUGUUCCACAAUCUGCUGGUCGUGCUCGUGCUGUUUUAAAGUAUAUCUUGCUGGCCUUGUCUGGCCAUAUGGAUGAUGUACUAUCAAAAUAUAAGGAAUUUAAACAUAGGCUUCUAUUUCUUUUGGAGAUGCUAGAACCCUUUCUUGAUCCUGUGAUUACUGGAACAAAGAAUACAACUUUUGAAGAUGCUUCUGAUAUACACUUGGAGAAACAGAAGAACUGUUCUAUUGCACUCAAUGUUAUACGUACUGCAUUACGAAGGCCUGCCAUUCUUCCUUCUGUGGAAUCUGAAUGGAGACGUGGAUCUGUUGCACCAAGUGUACUUCUUUCUGUUCUGGGGCCACACAUGCCAUUACCUUCAGAUAUUGACCUUUGCAAAUGUUCAUUUCCUAAAGUGGCUGAUCAAGAGUCUUUAGCUGUUUCUUCCGACUCUGUGAUCUGUUCUCAUGGGGCUUCUAGCAUAUCCAGUAGUCCAGAUGAAGUAAAGGGAAAGAUUGAUGCAUCUGAAGCUGCUACAAGAAAAGAUGUACUCCAAGAUGCUAACCUGCAGUUUGCUCCUAGAGAUCUGUCAAAAAUUGUUCUGACAAGUGUUCCCAACUAUUUUACUGGGGACUGUAUCAGCUUGAAUUCUGGUUGUGGUGUUUCAGAGGUGAAUAAGAUUUCAAAUAACAACUUUCAGUUGAAUACUGGUUUCUUUGCUGAUUACUUCUAUUCACAAGCAGAUUAUCUACAACUUGUAAACCAUCAAGAUUCGGUAUUUAGGGCUUCCGAAUUUGAACGUUUAGCAUCUGAUUUGUGUUCCCAGCAUGACAUAACCCCAGAAAGCCAUGAAGCUGCAAUAGAUGCCUUACUCUUGGCCGCAGAAUGUUAUGUCAACCCAUUCUUUAUGAUUUCAUAUGGAUGCAAUUCAGAGCUUAUGAAUCAGAUGAAAAUUAUUGGAUCCAAAUUCAAGAAUAAAACUGGAUUAGUGGAGUUUAAUAAAGACCUUAAGAGAUGUAAUGUCAAUCUGGAGACAAUAGCUUAUCUUGAAAGUAAAAGAGAUAUAACAGUUCUGCAAAUUCUGCUUCGUGCCGCUAAACUGGACCUCGAAUCUGAGAGAAUUUUGGCUCUUGGUAAACCUUAUACAUAUAAUUUUGAAGGUAAUCAACAGGCUUUGGAAAUAUCACAAGUGGACAUUGAAUCAGCUGAUGUGGUAACAUUGGUUAGGCAGAAUCAAUCAUUGCUUUGUCACUUUGUAAUUCAGCAAUUAAGAAGGGAACAACAAUCAUCACAUGAAAUCCUCUUACAGAGUCUCCUCUUUCUACUGCAUUCUGCAACUGAGUUAUCCUGUUCUGCAGAGGAUGUUAUUGACAUUAUACUGCAAUCAGCUGAAAAUCUUAGUGGACAACUUACAACUUUGUACACCCAACUGAAAGCAGGAAACAGACAGCUUGAAAUGGAAAAGUUACAUGGGCUGCGAAGGCGCUGGGCACUUCUUGAAAGAUUGGUAAUAGCAUCUUCUGGAAAUGAUGAAGGGACAAAUCCCAUUGGCAUCAAAAGUGCUGGUUUCAUCUACAGAACUUUAGUUCCACCUUCAUCGUGGAUGCAGAAAAUAUCCAGAUUUUCAAGUUGCACAUGUCCACUUUCUAGAUUUUUAGGAUGGAUGGGAGUAUCUCGAUAUGCAAAGCAAUACUUGAAGGAACACUUGUUUAUUGCCUCUGAUCUUUCACAAAUUUCAUCAUUGUUAUCAAUUUUUGUGGAUGAGUUAGCACUUACAGAUAAUUUAGUAAAAAAGAAAAUUGAAUCUGCAUAUUCAGAUCCAUCGGGUACCAAAACACACUCCCAAGUUGAUAAAGAAUUUGAGUCUUCUAAUCAGUCAGAUGCUAAACUAUCAUUUCAAGUACUUUUUCCUCACCUGCAUAUGUUCUUCCCAAACAUGAGAAAGCAGUUUGGUGAGUCUGGAGAGAUAAUUUUGGAAGCUGUUGGUAUGCAACUAAAAUCUCUUCCAUGCAGUGCUGUUCCAGAUAUCCUCUGCUGGUUUGCUGACCUUUGUUUGUGGCCAUAUCUAGAAACAAUAAGGAACCAUCUUCAUGUUACAAAAAAUGCUAAUCCUUUGAGAGGUCAUAUCGCUAGAAAUGCUAAGGCAGUUAUUUUUUACGUGCUUGAAUCGAUUACUGUUGAGCACAUGGAAGCAUUGGUUAAUGAAAUGCCGAGGGUAGCUCACAUCUUGAUAUCUCUUUGUAGAGCCUCCUUUUGUGAUGUUGCUUUCCUGAAUUCUAUUCUAUCUCUGUUAGGACCAAUAAUUUCUUACUCUUUGCGGAAGGCAAGUGAUGAUGAGAAGCACUUGUCUGAUGCAUCACUUCAUCAAGACUUUCAUUUGUCAAAUUUUGAAGAACUAUUUGACAGUAUAAGGUGUGAAAAGGAACUGAAUGAGGUUACUGAAGAGAAGAAAUUCCAGGGAUCAUUGAUGAUUUGCAUUUUAGGUCAUCUGUUUCCUGAUCUGUCCUUCAGGAGGAAGAAAGAAGUUUUAGAAUCCUUGUUGUUGUGGGUUGAUUUUACCACUUCAGCACCCAUAUCUUCUAUCUAUGAUUACCUCAGUGCAUUCCAGAAACUCAUUAACAGCUGUCUCAUUGUAGUAGUGCAGGGUCUAAAGUCAUUUGGUGUCAAUCUGCCACUUGAGAGAAAACAGUCAACUGCAGGUGGUCCCAACUUAAGCAUUAAUGAUGGCUUAACUUAUCAGUUUGAUUCACCAGAUCUUGCAGAUGGAUAUGUGAACGGGUUGUCUAAAACAUGUGUAAGUGAUGACACCUGCACUGAUCUUUUGGGUGAAGGGAUUCAUAUUCUGUCUGCUGGUGAAAUUGAAGAACUCUUGGAUCGACUCGGAAAGUUAAUUUCUGGUCUUCUUCCAGCUAUUGAAGCCAGCUGGAACAUGCAUUAUAAGUUGGGAAUGAGGCUCACUUGUACAUUAGCAAACUGCUUAUUUUUCUCAAGAUGCUUAAGUGUUGUCAUUCAAGCAAGUACCAGAGAUGGGGAUGGCCAAGACACACACCAAUCUGAUUCAAGUGACCUUCCAUCAAGAUACUGGGUGAAUGCUCUUGAAGGACUUGUGGGAGCUAUAUCAUCAAGUCAAAAAAAUCAUUGUUGGCAAGUAGCAUCUGCUAUGCUUGAUUUUCUGUUCAAGUUGCCUGAGAACAUUACUUUCUCCUCUGUGGUUUCUUCUCUAUGUUCUAUGAUCUUGAUCUUCUGUUGUAAUGCACCAAAAAUUUCAUGGCGUUUGCAGACUGAUAAAUGGUUAUCAUCAUUAUUUGAAAGGGGCAUUGAUAACCUUAGUGGUAAUGAGGCUUCAUUGGUGGACUUAUUCUGCACAAUGUUGGGUCAUUCAGAACCAGAACAACGAUCUGUUGCAUUGCGUCAUCUUGGGAGAAUUGUUGACCUAGGCAGCUACAAUGGUGUGAAUGAACUGCCUUACUCAGUUAAACAAAAUUUGGUUUGCUCUCGAUCUGUAGGGAUUGUUCCUGAAUCAGUAGCUUCCAUUUUAGUUACAAAGACAUGGGAUAGAGUGAUAGUAGUAGCAUCCUCUGACCCUUCAAUGCUGUUGCGAACACAUGCAAUGGUGCUGUUACUAGCCUUUGUCCCAUAUGCAGAGAGAGCUCAACUGCAAUCCUUCCUGGUAUCCACUCAUACCAUCCUUCGAGGAAUGGGCAAAGUUACCAAUUCAAUGGAAGUGGGUCAUAUAACAAGACUCUCAUUGCACAUUCUGGCAAGUGCAUGUCUUUAUUCUCCUGCUGAGGAUAUUACUUUGAUACCUGAAAGUGUUUGGAGGAACCUGGAGCAGAUGGGAAUGUCAAAGAUAGGCGUGCUUAAUGACUUGGAGAAAAAUUUGUGCCUAUCUUUGUGCAAACUUAGAAAUGAAUUUGAUGGCGCAAAACCGGUUCUGAAAGAAGUGCUAUCAUCCAGCUCGAUGGGGAAGCCAAGUGAUUCUAACUUUCAAAGCAUUCGGGAGACAAUUCUUCAGGUCUUGUCUUCUCUGACUUCCAUUCAAUCCUACUUUGAGUUUUUCUCAGAGAGAAUUGAUCAGCAGUCUCAGGAACUUGAAGAAGCUGAGAUCGAAAUGGAGCUUCUUAGGGAAGAGGCAGUAUUUGAAGAAGCAUCUGGGUUUCUGCUAGAAGAAGCAGUUCCAUCUCUAACUAUAUCAAGUGAUAAGGAGAUUAACCGUCUUCAUCAAAUUAAGGAUGAAAUUAGAUCCUUAGAGAGGUCUAAACUUCGAGAAGAAAUAGUAGCACGCAGGCAAAAGAAGCUUUUAAUGAGGCAUGCUCGUAAAAAAUGCUUAGAAGAGGCAGCUUUGAGGGAAAUGGAACUUCUUCAGGAGCUUGACGGGUUUCUGUUAGAUGUUUUUCUUGCUUCGUUAGGUUUUAUCAUGAGCUUUGGUCUCGUUGUGAUUGCUCUAGUGUCAUGCAGGGAAAGGACCAGUGAACUAGAGCGUGAUAUUGAGAGACAACGGGAGUUGGAAAAUGAACGUGCAAGAACUAGGGAACUACAAUUCAACCUUGAUAUGGAAAAGGAAAGACAGAUACAGAAAGAACUUCAAAGGGAAUUGGAGCAGGUUGAAUCUGGAACUCGAUCUUUUCGUAGAGAGUUUUCAUCUAAUCCCAGCAGAGGUGGAGGAUCAAAGCAGAAUUGGUUUGUCUGAAGUGCAUGGCAAUUUCUCGAAUGGGCUGAGGUGGCCCAAGCUAGGUGCAAUCUAGCUGGCAAGAUCCGAGGUGAUGUCCAAGGUGAGCGCACCAAGCUAGUUGCCCUGCAAACAAAGUGAGGGUCGGGAAUGUGCCUGCAAACUCUCCUGGCUUCUAAAACAUAUCUAAGUUAGCAAUCUAGAUGAGCUAGAGAGUACUAAGGCUUAAGAGAGAGAGAGAGAGAGAGAGAGAGUUCAAACCCUUUGUGCCAUGUGAGGCCCCAUUCACAAUGUCGUAGUUGUAAUAGCCAAGCCAUUGGUGAAAAUUUUUCAAAUUCUUAAGGUCAUAGAGAAUAUUCUGUGUUUUGAUACUAAUCUUAUUACGAAUUGGUGAUGGCGUAUCAGUUAGCUGGUUUCUGUGGCAUGGCAACUGAUCUAUAUCAGGCUAUGACCAUUGAGCUGACUUGAUGAUGGGUCAACCUAGUCGAGUCAGACUGCAACGCGUCCGUUGAGCUGACAUGACGGCUAAACCAUGCUACGAUGAUGUUCGCUUUGCUGACAUGGUAAUGUGUUGAUUUAGGUAAGCUGAGCUAUGGACCGGGUAAUAUACCAACCAAGUUGAGCUACAACAGUGUCCACCAAGCUACUUCUAUUGUGGCUCUUAUCUUAUGUGUCAGCUUUCGGUUGGGGUAGGCUCAUUUUUCCCACAUCACAUGGAGUAUAAUCUAUGCCUACGAAAAGUCUGACCAUCCCUGUAGGAUUAACACGUUUGAAACAGUCUGACCUUCCCUUCUUUUCCUUCAUCUCUCCAUCUGUUCCUUCUGUUCUCUUUUUUUGUCCCUUCCUUUCCACUGCUGCUUCACCAUUUCUUCCCUUAUGUCACUGGUAUAUUUCAUAUUCUGCUAUAGUUUGAUAUUAUGCCUUGUUGUCAUUAUUGAACAUUUCAGUUGAGGUGAAGCUUCGGUGUCACAGUACGGCUGCUAUUGUAACGUAGACAUCCAGUAUUUAAGUAGUGGCCAAAUCUCGUUUCAUACAGCGUAAAAUUGUAUACAUUUACUUUUCCAAAACCCUUGCUUGGUGGACCAUUGUGUGAAUGAUCCUUUUACUGCUUUUUUUUAUAUUAUUUGGAUAAUUAUCUAACAGACUGUUGAUUCACUUGGUUAUCAUGUGUCUCCUUUCCAAGCACCAACUAUUAAUGGACGACUUGUCAUAAAAAAUGGGAUUUUCUUGGAACUCUUCUCAUUAAUUCAUCUGCAGUCUGCUAUUAUCACAAGCAUCUCUAUUUCUGCUUUAUGCUAUUUUCUCAUUCAUGGUGGUCGUAGUCGCUCUAGGGAAAGAUACCGUGACAGAGAUAAUGGGAGGUCGGGACAAGAGGCGAACUUAAGGUCAAGCAGCAGAGGCCAUGA